AUGUCUUCUCAGUGUGAAAAGGAUCUAUCUUGUCCUGUCUGCCAUGACAUCUAUAGAGAGCCGGUCAUCCUAUCGUGUAGCCACAGCUUCUGUCGAGACUGUCUGCAGACAUGGUGGAGGGAAAAUACGGCGCAUACCUGUCCACUUUGCAAGAAAAUAUCUUUGCUGAAUGAUCCACCCUGUAACUUGGUGUUAAAGAACCUGUGUGAGGCCUUCCUACUAGAGAGAGAUCAAAAAGCAUCCGUGGCAUUUGAGGUUCUCUGUACUCUUCACUCUGAGAAACUCAAACUUUUCUGUCAGGACCAUCAGCAGCCAGUGUGUGUUGUCUGUAGAGAUUCAAAAGCACACAAAAAUCACAGAUUCAACCCAAUUGAAGAAGCUGCACAGGAUUAUAGAGAGGAGCUUAAGAAACACCUAAAGCCCUUACAAGACAAACUAAAGAUCUUUGAACAAGUUAAAGCAAAAUAUGAUCAAACAGCAGAACACAUUACGGUCCAGGCCCAGCAGACAGAGAAGCAGAUAAAGGAGCGGUUUAAGAAAUUUCACCAGUUUUUACAAGUGGAAGAGGAGGCAAGAAUCACUGCUCUCAGAGAAGAAGAAGAGAUGAAGUUUAAGAAGAUGAAAGAGAAGACUGAGUCUCUGAGCAGAGAAAUAGCAGCUCUUUCAGAAACAAUCAGAAACACAGAAGAGGUGCUGCAUGCUGAAGAUGUCUCAUUCCUAGACAGCUACAAGGCUACAGCAGAAAGAGUCAAGCAAUGCCUUCAGCUGGAGGAGCCAGAGCUGGGCUCUGGGGCUCUGGUAGAUGUGCCAAAAUAUGUGGGCAACCUGACCUACAACAUCUGGAAUAAGAUGAAGGAGAUCGUUUCUUACACUCCUGUGAUUCUGGAUCCAAACUCUGCUCAUCCAGAACUCAUAUUAUCUGAGGAUCUGACCAGUUUGAGACGUGGAAUCAAACAGAGCCUUCCUAACAAUCCAGAGAGGUUUGAAUAUCAUCCAGUUGUUCUGGGCUCUGAGUGCUUUAACACAGGGAUUCACAGCUGGGAUGUUGAGGUCAGACAAGAUGGAUACUGGUGCUUAGGCGUGGUAAAGGCUUCUGUUUGGAAAAAGGGGCCUGUACCAACUGGAUUCUGGGAAAUAUAUCUCGAUGAUGGAAGAUACAUUGCAGCCUCUCCACCACAUCUUCGCAAAACUCUUUCGGUGAAGAAUCUCCAGAGA